CAUGGGGAAAGACAAUGACUAAAGAAACAAUGCACAGCUUUCCCCAUACAUUCCUAUUGUUCUUCAUCUUUAUAGGGCCACACUUGUGCCAAGGUAGGGUACCCGUGAGGGAUGAAUGCAUGCCUUACUUACUUACUUUCUUUCUUUCUUAUGUACGUACUUACUUACUUACCUACCUACCUACCUGCCUGCCUACUUACUUAUUUACUUACUUUAUAAGAUUUCUCACCUGCCUUUCACCGUAAGGGCUCAGAGUGGGUUACAACAAUACAAUACACAGAACUAUUUAAUAGCAGAUUAAAACAUUUCAACGACAAGAGGCACCAAACCUUUCCAAAUGGAGCAGUACAGUGUGAUUUCAGCAAAAUUUCAGGUGUCUCCAACAAGACACCUUAAACUGUCAAAGGCCAGGGUGAAUAGGUGUAUCUUCAGUAUUUGGCAAAAGCUGUACAGUCAGAGGGAAAUCACCAGCCUAGGGACUGCCACAGAAGAUCUACACUUCCAGGACACCACCAUCCCAAACUUCUGAGGGUGAUGGAACUACCAAGAGGACCCCUGCUUUGUCAGUCUUAACAUCCAAGAGGACCUAAAGGCACAGAGAGGGUGGCUAUCUAAAGAACUUUUAACUGAGUUAAGAUUAAAAAAGGAUGUGUACAAAAAAUGGAAAAGGGGGGAAACCACCAAAGAGGAAUUCAAACAAAUAGCCAGCACGUGUAGACACAAAGUCAGAAAAGCUAAAGCACAGAAUGAACUCAGGCUUGCUAGAGAGGUUAAAAGCAACAAAAAAGGCUUUUAUGGGUAUGUCCGUAGCAAAAGGAAGAACAAAGAAACAGUGGGGUCACUCAGAGGAGAAGAUGGUGAAAUGCAAACAGGGGACACAGAAAGAGCUGAACUCCUCAAUGCCUUCUUUGCCUCAGUCUUCUCCGAUAAAGAAAACAAUGCCCGACCUGAAGAAUUUGGAGCAAAUGAUUCAGCAAAGGAAACACAGCCCAGAAUAACUAAGGAGAUAGUAGAAGAAUACUUGGCUAGUUUAGAUGUAUUCAAGUCUCCAGGGCCAGACGAACUGCAUCCAAGAGUAUUAAAAGAACUGGCAGAUGUGAUCUCAGAACCACUGGCAGUCAUCUUUGAGAAUUCCUGGAGAACAGGCGAAGUCCCGGCAGACUGGAGGAGGGCAAAUGUUGUCCCUAAUUUCAAAAAGGGGAAAGAGAGGACCCAAAUAAUUACCGCCCAGUCAGUCUGACAUCAAUACCAGGGAAGAUUCUGGAGCAGAUCAUUAAGCAAACAGUCUGUGAGCACCUAGAAAGGAAUGCUGUGAUCACCAAUAGUCAGCAUGGAUUUCUGAAAAAUAAGUCAUGUCAGACUAACCUGAUCUCAUUUUUUGACAGAAUUACAGGCCUGGUAGAUGAAGGAACGCAGUGGAUGUAGCCUACCUUGAUUUCAGCAAGGCAUUUGACAAGGUGCCUCAUGAUAUUCUUGUAAAGAAGCUGGUAAAAUGUGGUCUUGACUAUGCUACCACUCAGUGGAUUUGUAACUGGCUGACUGACCGAACCCAAAGGGUGCUCAUCAACGGUUCCUCUUCAUCCUGGAGAAGAGUGACUAGUGGGGUGCCACAGGGUUCUGUCUUGGGCCCGGUCUUAUUCAACAUCUUUAUCAACGACUUGGAUGAUGGACUCAAGGGCAUCCUGAUCAAAUUUGCAGAUGACACUAAAUUGGGAGGGUGGCUAACACCCCAGAGGACAGGAUCACACUUCAAAACGACCUUGACAGAUUAGAGAACUGGGCCAAAACAAACAAGAUGAAUUUUAACAGGGAGAAAUGUAAAGUAUUGCACUUGGGCAAAAAAUGAGAGGCACAAAUACAAGAUGGGUGACACCUGGCUUGAGAGCAGUACAUGUGAAAAGGAUCUAGGAGUCUUGGUUGACCACAAACUUGACAUGAGCCAACAGUGUGACGCGGCAGCUAAAAAGCCAAUGCAAUUCUGGGCUGCAUCAAUAGGAGUAUAGCAUCUAGAUCAAGGGAAGUAAUAGUGCCACUGUAUUCUGCUCUGGUCAGACCUCACCUGGAGUAGUGUGUCCAGUUCUGGGCACCACAGUUCAAGAAGGACAUUGACAAACUGGAACGUGUCCAGAGGAGGGCAACCAAAAUGGUCAAAGGCCUGGAAACGAUGCCUUAUGAGGAACGGCUAAGAGAGCUGGGCAUGUUUAGCCUGGAGAAGAGGAGGUUAAGGGGUGAUAUGAUAGCCAUGUUCAAAUAUAUAAAAGGAUGUCACAUAGAGGAGGGAGAAAGGUUGUUUUCUGCUGCUCCGGAGAAGCGGACACGGAGCAAUGGAUCCAAACUACAAGAAAGAAGAUUCCACCUAAACAUUAGGAAGAACUUCCUGACAGUAAGAGCUGUUCGACAGUGGAAUUUGCUGCCAAGGAGUGUGGUGGAGUCUCCUUCUUUGGAGGUCUUUAAGCAGAGGCUUGACGACCAUAUGUCAGGAGUGCUCUGAUGGUGUUUCCUGCUUGGCAGGGGGUUGGACUCGAUGGCCCUUGUGGUCUCUUCCAACUCUAUGAUUCUAUGAUUCUAUUCUAUGGUUUUUGAGAUAUUUGGGGCCUAACUUGCUUAGGGCUUCAGUCAGGAAUGCGGAGCACCCUAAAUUGAGAAGGGAAGCAAGUGACCACUGGUGAGCUAUUAAAAUAUAUAUAACCGCUGUAUUUUAAUAGCCCCGCCAGUUCUAAAUGGAACCCCAGCCAUCACCUCAAAGGAGAGCUUUCUUAGCACGUAAGAGCCUCUUAGGGGCUCUGCAUCUAACCCUACUAACCUAUUCUUUUUUGACUGAAAAGUACCGUAUUUUUCGCUCUAUAACACGCACCCGACCAUAACAUGCACGUAGUUUUUAGAGGAGGAAAAUCCGUAGGCAUGCCACCCGUAGGCAUUCCCUCCAUAACACGCACAGACAUUUCCCCUUACUUUCUAGGAGGAAAAAAGUGAGUGUUAUGGUGCAAAAAAUACGGUAAGGUGUUUUGACUUUCCCCAUGCCAAAGGAACUUGGGGUGCAUUGAAUGGUGUGGGGAUACCUAACAUGGCUGUUGCUGAAGCUAGAGGGGUGUGGAUGCGAUUGGAAAACUUGCUAUUUGGGAGUGGGGUGUGCCAAGGGAACCCCAUGUAAAGUUGCCACCUUUAUUUUAUAUUAUUUUAGACAAGCACCUACCCCUUCCUUGCAGCCUGCAGGAGGGCCCUUUCCAGACUGCAAACAUAGACGCAGAUAAUGGGAUUAGGCAGUACAGUAAAUUGAUUCAAUCAUUAAAACAGUGACAUGAUGAGAGGCGCGCAAAAUCGCUGAGUCAGUUUAAAAAUGCAUUGGCACAGCAGAAAGAUAAAAGUGAUUAAAGGGGUGGGGGAUCUUAAAGACUUCGCCACCCUCCUAAAAUGCAGAAUGUAGUGUAGUGAAGGGUCUUUUCAGAACUGCAACUGGGGGUGGACAAAUCAAGUCAAUUUCUCUCUCCCUCCCCAUUAAAGUUUUUCAUAAUACAGGAUAAAAGGAACUAAUCUAAAUAAAAACAGAAAUAGAGAAAGAGAAAGAGAAAACACUGCAUCCUCUCCCAAAGGUAGCUCUUAACCCUUGAUGUGCACAGAAAGUGGUAGACCCUCCCAGCUGCCACCUGGGAGUUUUCCUUUCUUCUCCCAAUCUCUCAUCCUGGGAGGUCUUCCCUUCCCUGCCUCCAGAGAGCCAGUGUGGUGUAGUGGUUAAGAGUGGUACACCCAUAAUCUGGUGAACCGGGUUUGCUUCCCCGCUCCUCCACCUGCAGCUGCUGGGUGACCUUGGGCUAGUCACGCUUCUCUCAGCCCCACUCACCUCACAGAGUGUUUGUUGUGGGGGAGGAAGGGAAAGGAGAAUGUUAGCCGCUUUGAGACUCCUUAGGGUAGAGAUAAAGCAGGAUAUCAAAUCCAAACUCUUCUUCUUCCACAAAUCAAGUCAGUUUUCGAGUUCAUCAUUUUUCCAGCCUUAUAUUCAGUUCUCCAUAUUGUCAUGGCAAUCUGUGAUCUUUCCCCCACCUUUUUGAAAUUUUCAUGAAAAUUCAUCAGCAUCUUGGUGUGAUUUUCUUCUAAUACUGACAUUUUUCUAUGCAAUUUUGACUAACACACAUAUUUCUCCCCAUGCAGUUUUGCUAAUAUACUGCCAUUUUGUACAGUGGAACCUCAGUUGUCAAACAUAAUCUGUUCUGGAAGACCAUUUGACUUCCAAAAUGUUCAACAACUGAGGCACAAUGGGAGGUCAGGAAUUUCAAUGGAGAAAAUGGAGAAACGCACCUCAGAAGCUGUUUGACUUCUGAUGUGUGUUCGAAAAUGGAAGCAUUCACUUCCGGAUUUUCAGCGUUUGGGUUCUGAAUCAUUUGGCUUCCGAAAAGCUCAAAAACCAAGGUUCCACUGUACAUGGGUUUUUAAAAUGCACACUGUCUUCACUUUUGUAAGGAAUGUUUGGUUGGAGAAUUGCACCAUGAAGUUUGGAGGAGCGCAGAUUUCAAAAGGUUGGCUGUAUUUCAGUUUGGGGAAAGGCUGGGGACUCAGCUAUACAGCUGCAAAUAAAACAUUUUAAGUGUUUUGUAAAGUGCAUUAUACAAAUGUGACACUAGGUGGUGAUGGUGAAGUUUUGAUUUUUCAAAACUUUUUUUCAAAGUGUUUUUAACAGCGUUUUUUUAUAUGUGUCUAGAUUCCACCUGUGUUUUGGGUCACAUAUUGUUACAGGAAGUGUGAAUUAGGUAGGUUCGCCUUUAAGUGGGAGCUGAAUCAAGUUUCUGCCCCAUCUCUAGCUGUGACCCACUAGGGCAGGGCUAGGGAGCCAGUGGACCUCCUGAUCUUGUUGAACUCCAGUUCCCAGCAACCCCAGCAGCCAACAUGACCAGUAGUCAAGGAGAUGUUAUAGUCCAAAGAGAAUACUGGUCUAAAUUGACCAAAUGGUCUGAGCUGGUAGAUGGCAGCUUCCUAUGUUCAGGUCCCCAGCAUCUUCACAUAGGCAGUGUUUAUCAAAUUGGGUCCUUAGCUGUUGUUGGACUACAACGCCAAUCAUCCCUAGCUAGCUAGACCAGUGAUCAGAGAUGAUGGGAGUUGUAGUCCAUCAACAACUAGGAACCCAAGUGUGAAACCCAGGAAAGCUUCUGCUAGUCAACGUAGACAAAGCUGAGCAUGAUAGACCUAUGGCAGGCAUAGGCAAACUCGGCCCUCCAGAUGUUUUGGGACUACAACUCCCAUCAUCCCUAGUUAACAGGAGCAGUGGUCAGGGAUGAUGGGAGUUGUAGUUCCAAAACAUCUGGAGGGCCGAGUUUGCCUAUGCCUGAACUAUGGUCUAACUGUAUGACUACAUCUUCCUCUGUUCCUAAAUGAGUACAUCCCAACAAAUCAAACUAAGAAAUUUAUUUAGGAAAGAUACAAAAUGGGUUGAGAUUCUUCCUAGAUGGCAAGGGUGCCUUGGAGGACGGAACAGGGCAGGGCAGGAUACAGGUGAUAAUUUGAACUAAUGCAGUACCUCUCCUUUAAACAACCAUUUGGAAGAAGACUCCAUGGAAAAGCAGAGACUGAAGCAAGACCUGCUGAUUGCCGUGAUGUGUGUAUUCUUGGUGCUCCUGAUUUUGCUCAUUGUUGGCUGCACUGUUCUUCACUACAAGCUGAUGACAGACGACAUGUAAGUUUCACCUAUCACAACACACACACACACACACCAACUUGUGCAUGCACCAGCAUGUAGAACUGCUGUUUGAAAGGGGACCAAAUCUCAGUCCUUUGCAUUCAGAAGGACCCAGGUUCAAUCCCCAAUAUCUACAGAGAGGAUUGGGGAAAAAAUCUGUCUGAAACCAAGGAAAGUGAGGCUUUGGGGGAAUGGUUGAGGGAGCUGGGUAUGUUUAGCCUGGAGAAGAUUGAGCAGUAGUCCGAUACCCAUCUUCAAAUAUCUGAAGAGUUGUCACAUGGAAGAUGCAGCAAGCUUGUUUUCAGGAAGACCCGCACCAAUGGAGUUGAAGGGAUUCCAACUUAAUAUUAGGAACUGACAGUAAGAGGUGUUUGACAGCACAAUGCACUACCUUGGAAGGUGGUGGCCUCUCCUUCCUUGGAGGUUUUUAAGCAGAGGUUAGAUGGCCAACUGUCAUGGAUGCUUUAGUUGGAUGCGUUUCAGGGGGUUGGACUAGAUGACCCUCAGGGUCCCUUACAACUCUACAGUUCUACGAUUCUAUGAUUCCAUGAUUCUUGGUCAGUGGAGUCAAUACUGAGAUAGAUGGUUAUAUUAUGAUUAUUUGUCACUUUUUGCACUGAAGUGUCUCAAAGUAACUGUGGUCACAUACACACUAUACACUUAGAUCUGACGGCUUCCACCCAAAGAAUCAUGGGAACUGUAGUUCGUUAGGGAUGUUGGGAAUAUUAGCUUUGUGAGGCCGACAGCCUUGAUAUAGAAGGUCCCAGCUUCAGUCCCUGGCAUCUUUGACAGGGCUGGGAGAGACUUCUGUUUAAAAUCCUGGAGAGCCCCUGCCAGGCAGAUUGGAUGAGACUGAGCUUGAUGGACUGAUAGACUGACAUGGUAUAUUAGAGCUUAGCAGCAGCAACAAUUAAUGAUAUAGCUGAUAACUUAGUGUAGGAGGCCCUCUUGACUGUGCUGUAGCCAGGCAUCAGUAUUUGGGGUGUGCCGACAUUAAUUGACUACUGUAAUUCGCUCUACGCGGGGCUGCCCUUGAAGCUGUCCCAGAAACUCCAGCGGGUGCAGAAUGCUGCAGCGAGGCUCCUCACGGGGUCUCUGCCAUGGGAGCAUAUUCACCCAGUGCUUUCCAGCUGCACUGGCUCCCGGUGGAGUACAGGGUCAGAUUUAAGGUGCUGCUUUUGACCUUUAAAGCCCUUCACGGCCUAGGACCCUCGUACCUACGGGACCGCCUCUCCCGGUAUGCCCCACGGAGAGCCUCAAGGUCCAUAAAUAGCAACACCCUAGUGGUCCCGGGCCCUAAGGAAGUUAGAUUAGCUUCAACCAGAGCCAGGGCCUUUUCAACACUGGCUCCAGCCUGGUGGAACGCUCUGCCUCAUGAGACCAGGGCCCUGCAGGAUCUGAUUUCUUUCCGCAGGGCCUGUAAGACAGAGUUGUUCCGCCUGGCCUUUGGCUUGGAGCCAAUUUGAUUCCCUCCCUCCCUCCCUCUCUUUCUUUUUUCUUUUCCUUCUCCUCCUGCGAUGAGGAUACAUUUUAAUAUUUAAUGUUUCAUUAUUUUAAUGUUGUAUUUUAAUUUUGUUUUUAAGUUGUAAUCAUUCAACUUGUUUUAAUUAUUGCUUGUAAGCCGCCCUGAGCCCGGCCUUGGCUGGGGAGGACGGGGUUUAAAUAAAAAUUAUUAUUAAUAAUAAUAAUAAUAAAUCAUGAAACAUUUAAUAAAACAUGAAACAGUAAAAAAACCCCAAAAAACUUCCCUAUACAGGUUUAGAAGACAGGGUUGUCUUCUAAAGGUUGUAUAGCUACUUACUGUAUCUCCUUGGCUCAGGGGUCGCAUAACUCAUACCCUCCAACAUUUCUCCUUUGAAAACAGGGACAUCCUAAGGGAAAGUGAGGCAUUCCAGGAUCCAAAAAGAAACCAAGACAGCUUCUGUAACUCUGAGACUGUCCUUCCAAAAUAUGGAGAGAAUUAGAGCAGAUAGACAGUUGGGUGGCGUUUGUGAAGAGAAAUUGAGUUUUUAAUUGUUAUUUAUUGGUGUGAUGAGGUACACAAAAAAGGCAGACCCGUAUACAUUAUGGGGAACUGUAUGAAACUUGUCUGACAAUGCAAAAGAUGUUCGGUUUUUUGUUUUAAAAAAAGGCUGGUUAUUUGUUUUAUGUACAUGCAUAUCAGAUGUUUUUGAACAGAACACUUGCUUAAAAUAAACAAAUCUGCAAAGUAAAUCUGUCCGGGUUUCCUUGCUGUACUUGUACCUCUCUCCCAUCUUCUUUUUCUUCAAGCACCCUGAGGAAGGAGGUGAAGUCUUUUGCUAUCCAGACACACUGCAUGGAAACGAAGUUUGUCCUGUCUCCUUCCCCAGCAGAGGCAUUGGAAUCAUCUCAGCGGAUGCCAUGCCUGCCACCAUGCCAGGCACCAACAUCCCAGGGAAUGUCCCAGUCACCAUGCCAACUGCCAUCUUCACCACCAUCCCAGCCACCAACCAAGCCACUGACCCGGCAGCGAUCCCAUCCAAGAUCCCCACCCGCUGCGGCACCCUUGCCUAAGCCAUCGAAAGCUUCACCCUCAAAACAGAAGAAGGCAAGCUCCAGGUCAAUCAGCCACAUUUACAGGAGCAAUUCCUCCGAAAGCAUUCACUCCGAUGAGUCUGGAAGCAUUUACUCCAUGGAACAUUUCCAGUGCCUCUACGGCUCCUCCAGGAGUGGAUCCGUGGAAUCUCUGGAGGGCAAAGGAUCCCAGGGCGAAGGAAGUGGUGGAAGCAACAAUUCUGGGAGCAUCAUGCUGUGCGCCAUCCGUGAGAUGUGAUGGCUGAGAUGAUGCCAGUUCCAAGGAUGGUUGGUAUCAUGCCUUUGCUGAACUACUCAGUGUCUUUCUUCCAUGGAGAUGCCUGAGCAUCUGCGUCACAGCGUGCCGAGUCAGAACACCCCGAAAUCAAUGGAUUGCAUCGCCCUCUAUUCCAACCCUAACCCACAACCUCAGCCCCCAGCCCCAGCCCUUCCAAGCAUCAAAAUGAACUGGAGGCGAACUUCCUGUCAGUUUGAUUUGUUGUUGUUGUUUAUAAAACUUUUUAUAAAAAAGUUAACUAAUCAUAGCAAGAACAAAAUUCCCCACAAAGUGAACAAAAACAGGGACUGAUCACUGCGACUCGAAAUGAAAACAAAACCCAUAUUGAUGAUCUGGUAAAAUAAAUGACAUUGGAGGGAUUUUAAAAAAUGAAAUAAAAGAGGGAAGGAAAAUUA